AUGUGCGCCGCAUCAUCAUCAGCCGCGGCGGCCGAUAACUCAAGCCUUCCCGGCGAGGUCGGUUUAAUACAUGAUCUUCAGCAUCAACACCAACAACAGUCACUUCAGUUGUCGGCCGCUGGCCUCCCGGGUACAGAUUUUGGGCUUUUUGGCCCAGACUCUGUCCACAUAGAUUCUAGCCUUCCGUACUCUGAAUCGCCACCUUGGGACACUUUGCCAUGGACGUCUGCUGCGUAUGCGACGCCUUCCAUCAGUACCAGUCCCCUCGGCAACCCGAUUGAUCAGUCUUUCCCACUUGCCUUCAUCGAUACCUCACCCCCCGUAUCUUUCGACACCUUCCCCGACACCUUCCUCCCCGUUCAGCUGGAUGCCCUCUUCGAAUCCAACUCUAGUUCCAACUCCAACUCCAACUCCAAUAGCCCGAACCAGCCUCCGCCCCUGGACAUGUCAGUGUAUACUGCCACUUCAGGACUUCACCCUCACCGGUCCUUGUCAAAUGACCAUGCUCAGGGCCAAGACGUAGCCACUCCCCAUACCGACAAGAUCCUUCGUCGUCAGCGAAACACCAUUGCUGCUCGCAAAUACAGACAAAAGAAGGUUGAUCGCAUCGACGAACUUGAAUCGUUGCUAAAGGAGAUGACUCGGGAGAGGGACGAUUUACGAAUCCGCCUCGUUCGUCAGGAGGCUGAGACAGAAGCACUUAAGAGUGUCAUGCGUAAGGAAACUAAGCCGUAA